ACACCUAUGCUGACGGCGGGCGUGUAGCGGCGGCACAACUUACAACACACGGGGUGACAGGGACGGCAGUUCGGACCAUCUCUGAGCGCCUCCAGGCACAGUGUGCGUGCAGGUCCAACUUGUUGUGGCGAACCGUCGGGCGGUGUGAGCGACCUUCUCGGCACCAUGAGCAGUCUGUACGCGGGCAGAAAGCGGCGAAGACCCGUGAAAAGCAAACCUGCCGUGGCUAAAGACCCGGCGAAGACCAACCCCAGCAAGCGGCACCGGGACCGUCUGAACGCCGAGCUGGACCGCCUGGCGUCCAUGCUCCCCUUCACUGACGAUGUCCUCUCAAAACUCGACAAACUUUCCAUCCUGCGCCUCAGUGUCAGCUACCUACGCAACAAAAACUACUUCCAAGCCUCCCUACACAAACCCAACAGUCUGUCCAACAGACUAACAGACGGAGGUACCAGCCAUGGCAGCCAGCAGUACCAUGACACUUACUUCCCAGAGGGGGAGAUGUUACUUCAGGCCCUGAAUGGUUUUGUGGUGGUGGUGACAUGUGAUGGGCUGGUGUUCUACGCCUCUCAUACCAUCCAGAACUACCUGGGAUUUCAGCAGUCGGACGUGAUCCACCAGGGAGUGUAUGAGCUGAUUCACACGGAGGACCGGGCGGAGUUCCGGCGCCAGCUGUCCUGGAACAUGCAGCCAUUGGAGGAGACUGCCGACCCCAGCCAGGUCUCAGCUAACAACAACAGUGUGGUGCCAUACAACGGUGUCAUGUGUCCAGAAGGCUCUAUGGUCCUGGAGAGGUCUUUUGUAUGCAGGUUCCGCUGUCUUUUAGACAACUCUUCAGGAUUCCUGGCUCUCCACAUCACUGGACGUAUCAAGCAGCUGCAUGGUCAGAACAAGAAACUGGAGAGUGGGGAGCGCUACCCACAGCUGGCGUUAUUCGCCAUAGCCUGCCCUCUACAACCUCCCUCCAUCGUGGAAAUCCGGACCAAGAACAUGAUAUUCCGCACAAAGCACCGACUAGACUUCAGUCCACUGUCUUUGGAUCAAAAGGGCAAAACUGUGCUGGGGUAUACGGAGAAGGAACUCCAGGCCCGAUCUGGGUACCAGUUUGUCCACUUUGCCGACACCAUGUACUGUGCAGACUCCCAUGCCAGCCUGAUGAGACGCGGUGAAUCUGGUUUUGUCGUUUUCCGCCUCUUAGUCAAGGGAAACGUCUGGAAGUGGGUGCAGGCAAAUUCGCGGGUGGUGUUUCGGAACGGACGUCCCGACUAUAUCAUCUCCACGCAUCGCCCUCUCAGUGAUGACGAGGGUAAGGACUACCACGACAAGCGGCCCGAGCCAUUCCGUUUCCCCUUCACGGGGGUGGCCAUACUGUAUGGCUCCCAGUCCAAAAUGCCCGGCAUGGAGGAUCCUCAGCCGCGGUCCAAACGGGCCAAGUCCAGCAAGGCCGCCCUGCCGCCCAAGUUUGACGUGACGUACCAAGCCGGCGGCAGGAGCCGGAACCCUCCCAACGUCCACCCGCCGCCGCCGCCGAUGGAUCCCAGAUAUCCCCCCAACCCCCCCGCGCCAGCAAUGGCACAUUCCUUUUACGAGCCUCCGAGGAAUGGACACAGAAGCGAGAACGGAGUAUAUCCCCAGGCCGUGUACACUCACACGGACACACCCUACCCCGACACUGUCAGCAGGAGAGACGCCCUUCCGGAGAGAUACACCUCCGAGUUUGCCAAAUUUGCCAACGAGGAAGGAAACCUCUUUAGCACUGAUGGCAACAAGUACUGGAACGACUCUCAGUAUAGUCCAGCUGUAGAUACACAUUCUCGCUCCAUGUAUCAAGGCGGUGGGUAUGAACAUGUCCAUGGCAAUGAUUAUGACAGUAGGUACCAGGGAGACGUCAGUCUCUCUUACCCUUCUAAUCUCCUGACUUCUGCAUUGCUCACUGCAGAGAGUGAGGCCCCGCUCCGUUAUGACGAAAUCAUCGACGUUAACUCGCGGGAAACAAAGAUCGCUAAGAUCGACGCAAACGGCUACGGCGAGCGACCGACAAACAGCGUGCUAUUUUCGGGGGAGAUGAUCCUGCACACGACGACGGACGCCAGGAUUCCGCCGUACUCGUCGUCCGUGACGCUGUCGGAUCUGUCGGCGCCCAACCACAACAACCACAUCAGCCCUGACCCGCUGCACGCUGCAGAGUGGCUGUCGGCAGGGAGGGGCAUGAACCAUGUGGCCCACGGGCACACGGCCUGCCCUGGGUACACACUAGGGGAACUCCCCUACAUGAGCGGGGCCACACAACGCUUAUCUCACCUGCCGCCCAAUCCACAGAUAGACAUACCACAGCCAGGGAUGAUAGCAACAGUUAAAUCUGAGAGGACAGACUCACCAGAGGAGCUGGGUCAGACCAACCAUGUGGCAGGGCCGCUCCUCUCCUUCUCCAAAGUAGCCAACACUCUGCUGGACAGCUGAGGUACAGCAGACACAGCACCACAGGAGUGGGUUUAUCAGUUCUAGACAGCACCAGUAUAUCAGUGUCAUUCAAUGACAACUUGUCCUUUGUGUGAUGUUUAUAUGAACUAGUCCCUACCUCAGAGGUAGGUUGAACUGGUUUCUUGUCCACCUCUCCAUGACAGGUAAGGCAUGCAGAUGUCUCUUCAUUUUUGAGAUUUGACAAAGCAAAAAAACAGUGACAAUUAUUCAGUUACCGGUAAUGUACAGCCAUGUAUAUGGGCAAAGUUAGAUAUACAGUACAUGUAGUUUGCAGCCUUGAUAGGCUAGUAUGUAGUAGUCUUAUGGCUUUCUAAAUGAUGUCUUUAUGGUAAAGGUUGUGCCGUGAAGUGCCUGGCAUCUUUGUUCCUCGUUGUUGGGCUUUUAGCUUUCUCUUUUAUAAAAUCCAUGUACAGAUGAUGAAUAAUCAACGUGUAUAUGUACAGCACAAGUAUCAAAUGUUUCUGCCUCAUACAGAGUUCUACGUGUAUCAGGCUGCCUCUUGCCACUCAGAUAUAAUGCACAUGUACAGAUGAAGUUCAUUCUUAUAUACAAUGCAGUUGUUUUUACCCA